UUGGCUGUGCGGUGUUUGUGUCAGUUGGUCUUUUGCAGCGAUCAAGAACGAACGUGUCUUUCACUCGUUCACGGAACAAAAUAUAAUUUUACAACUACAAAUAUCCUUACAAAUAUAUAUACAUAUACAUAUAUAUAUAGCAAUAUUGUGGUGUAGUUCUAUAUAUAAUAGUGGAACAAGUUGAAAAAUUGGUUAUUAGUGUUCGAUUAAUUGGCGGAAAGAGUCUCUCUUGUUUUGUGUCUUCACGUAGCAGAAAUGGCGAAAAUUAUUUUAAUCUGUUUACUGAGCGUGUUAGCCUGCGUCUCAGGUCAACGCAUCACCACCAUACACCUGGAUGGCGUACAAUACUUCAUUAGCCGCAUGAAUCCCUAUUCGCCCGAGCUCAACUACUUUCUCGCCUAUCAGUAUUGUCGUUCGUUGGGUCUGCAAUUGGCGUCGUUCGAAACGAAAGAGAAAGCCGAAUCUAUGACGACAUAUCUGAAGAAUGCCGGCUAUGGUAAUUAUGAUUUCUGGACUUCCGGCAAUCGUUUGGGUACCGGCAUGUUCCUAUGGAUGAGCACCGGCCUGCCGUUUAAUGCGACCUUUGACUUCUUCGAGAAUUCAGCCGAUGCCAUACAGGCUGGUCUGCUCGAUCCUGUCGAUCACAAUAGCAAUACAUCGCCACAACGGACGGCGCGCGACAGCAGUAGCGGCGCUGAGAAGGGUUGCGUCAUUUUGAAACAACCCACAUUGAAAUGGAUGCCCGAAGACUGUUCGGCUGUGAAAGAUUUCAUUUGCGAACAAACCCGAUGCUAUUACUACAACUACGGCAGUAUUCCAGUGUCAUCGGCGCAGGGGUAAGGACAUCAAACUACUACUCUUACCUAAAAAAAAAUCACUGAAUUCACAAAUCAAGCAACAACAAAAACAAAUAAAU